AUGAGGAGAGGCACUAAGUUAACGCUGGUCUAUGGAGCCCUUUUUUUCCUCUAUAUUUACAAAGGAGUUAAGUGUGACAAAUUGUAUAAAAUUGGGGCAGAUUCUAUUCCAUGUUCAGAAUGCAAGAAUGCACAAGAAUGUAAUGCAUGCUUAUUUGAAGAAAAUGAAUCACCCCAUGCGAUUCAUCUAAAGUUAAACAAAAGCAAAGAAAAUGAUCACAGCAAUUUGAAAAAGCAUCACGAUUCAUUAAAACUAGGAAAUGUAAAGUAUUAUGUUAAUAGAGGUGAAGGAAUAUCAGGGAGUUUGGGAAAUUCCUUCGGAAAUACAUUAGAAGACAUUGAUAAUAUUAACGAAGAAAUUAAAAAUAGGAAAGAACAGGACUUGAGGAGUAAGAACUUUUUGGACGUUACUAGUUAUAAAGAGGAGAAAUUAUCUGAUUAUUUUGUGGGUAUUCAAACUCAUGCAAAUUUAAAUGGGAACGAAGAGGAGGAGAAAACGCAUGGAUAUGAGCCAGAAAAAGCGGACAAUAAAGUAGAAGAAAAAGUAGAGAAAAAGGUGGAGAAAAACGUAGAGAAAAAAGUGGAGAAAAACGUAGAGAAAAAAGUGGAGAAAAACGUAGAAAAAAACUUUAUCGAUUUGAAAGGAAAAAAUGCAAUUGUUGAGCAUACUGAAGAAAAUAUUUUUUUGGUACCUCUGAAGCAUCUUAGAGACAGCCAAUUUGUGGGAUCAUUACAAGUGGGUGUGCCUCCGCAAGAGAUUCAUCCCAUUUUUGAUACUGGAAGUACAAAUUUAUGGGUAGUAACAACCAACUGUGAGGAAAAAUCAUGCAAAAAAGUAAACAGAUACAAUCCUCACAAGUCAAAAACGUUUAGAAGAUCAUUCAUAGGGAAAAAUUUGCAUAUUGUUUUUGGUUCAGGUUCUAUUUCAGGAUCAAUAGGAAAAGAGACUUUUGUGUUAGGAGAUCAUACAGUACGUAAUCAAACAUUUGGUUUAGUGGAAAGUGAAUCUAAUGACAGUUUAAAUGGAGAUAACAUUUUUGAAUACAUUGAUUUCGAAGGAAUAGUUGGACUGGGAUUUCCAGCAAUGUUAUCAGCAGGAAAAAUAUCUUUUUUCGAUAAUUUACUCAAUCAGAAUAAGAAUUUAUCUCCUCAGUUUUCUUUUUAUAUAUCUCCUUAUGAUAAUACAUCUACAUUUAUAGUUGGAGGGAUAAGCAAAUCUUUUUAUGAAGGUUCUAUAUAUAUGUUACCUGUCACUAAAGAAUACUAUUGGGAAGUCGAUUUAGAUGCAAUAUAUGUUGGAAAUAAAAAAAUAUGUUGUGAUGAAAAAAGCUAUGUAAUAUUUGAUACAGGUACAUCAUACAAUACUAUUCCCAGUGCGCAAAUAAAAAAUUUUUUUCAAGAAGUUCCAUCUAUACCAUGUACGGAAGGAAAUUAUGAAGAACAUUUAAAAUCCUACCCAGUUAUUAAAUAUGUUUUUGGUGAUUUGGUAAUUGAGUUAUUACCACAUGAAUAUAUGAUUCUUAAUGAAGACGUUUGUAUGCCAGCCUACAUGCAAAUAGAUGUGCCUUCAGAAAAGAAUCAUGCAUACCUACUUGGUAGUAUUGCUUUUAUGAGACAUUACUACACAGUGUUUGUACGAGGAGUGGAUAACAAGCCAUCCAUGGUUGGCAUAGCCAAGGCCAGAGUGGCCGAAGAGAAGUUAUGA